GGUGUUAAAUUAUGAACCCAAAUUUCUUUUGAGUCACAUUUGAUCUAUGUGGCUUUAUUUUAUAAAAGCUGAACCUAACAUGGUUACUUGAUUUCUUGAAGGUGGAAACUCCUCCCUUCCUACUAACCCUUUAACAAGGCCUUUACCAGCGUAGUUCUGAGUUGUAGCUUUUAUAAUGAGCUCAGCUGAGGCUCAGUUCCACCAGGUGUUUGCUAAUUGCUACUGCUAGUCUGAAGGAGCUGAGUGGGGGCGGUUUGAGGGCUGCUCUGUGAUGUGGAAGCUCAGAAGCUUCAAAAAUGCAAGGAGGAGCUGUGGCUUGAAGGCGGAGCUAGGUCCACCCAGUUGAUUUACACAGCUGAAUGGUUGCCACGAGAGAUUAAAGACAUUGCCAAACAAUCAUGAAUCAUGCAUGUUUUUGAUGAGGGAAUAACAUUAUAAGAUGAUAUAGAGCUAAAAAAAAAAAAAGGAGUAAAUUUGCAUCACACCCAGCAUAAGUAAGUGUUGCCAGCUUGGUUCAUCAAUUAUUAUUUAAAUAUCUAAACCUUAUCAGACAGGUGUUGAUAAACAAUAAGUGAGUCUGAGAACCAUUUGGCUAUUUUUGUUGAUAAUCAGGUGAUGCUAAUUUAAGUCUAAAUGACUAAUGUUGCUAAUAAUUUCCCUCAGCAGCUCUGCAGUUUCUCAUGGCCAAACCAAACCAAUCGCUGUGCAAAAUGUAUUUGUUCCUCUGAUCUGAUGCUGGAGAGACUCUGGUCACUUUCUACAAGCCUGUUGUUGGUAUUGUUGCCAAGGUAACCCAUGCAAAUGGACAUGCAAAUAUACUGUGUGUCAAGAUGGACAUGUGAAGGCAACCAAAUUUGCUCUAGUUUCUCCUGACCGGCAUUCAUCUUCUCACAGAGCUGAGCCCAUUUCUAGAGACAACCACUAAUUUGGAAUACUGCACUUUUUAUGACUGCUAAAGUUUAAGAAGUGAUAUUCGCUUCAUUUGUCACUAAACAUUUUAGUGAUAAACAACUUGGACUCAUACUGUAAAGUGCUGUUAGCACAAAAAUACUCUAUGUAUUGUAUGUUUGUGCUAUUUGUAUGUUUGGUGCAAAACCCUAAAAACAACAAAAAAUCUGAAUCUGACUUUACAGAGGAAACUGACCCAUAUGACCACGACUAGUUUUCUUUUCCUUGGAAAGAUUCAUAAGGAGAAACUUAUUAAAACUAGAAACCUUUGAACUCUACAGAACGUCUUCACAUUAAGUAACUUUUUUUUUUAAGAUUACCCGACUAACACUUCUAUUUAAAGUACGCGAGACAGAUGUACGAGGCUGAACAUGGGAUCAUUUCUAAUAUCUCUGUUGCUUUGUAUUUUUCAUUGUUUAUGUUUUUAAUUUGUUCAGAAAAGUUUUUUGUUGCUUCAGUAGUGAGUAACUGCAUCUAAAAUGAUGAUUUGAUGCAUUCUUUUGUCUACAACAGUAAAAUACUUGUGUCAAGUAGGAGAAGUGGACAGUGGGAGCAGAGACAGAGAGAAAGAGUUGUUAUCAGAGACAACUUUAUUAAGAAAUCUGGCUGAUGAUGUUGCAAAGAAGCACUCUUCAUUAAACCAAGAAAAUUAUGGAAAGAAAAAAAUCCUCUCUUUGAAGAAUUUAUUUGAGUUGCAACAGGAUUUAAUUUCCCUAUUGGAUCAAUAAAAUAUUUUGGGAAUGAAUUGAACUGAAUUGAAUCUCUGAGCAGCUUCCUGAAUCUGGGUCAGGAAGCUCAAACACCACAGCUACUUUUUUUUCAUACAGCAGAUUUGGUUGUAAUGAAACUAAAGUGCGGCUAGUGAAUUAGACCCAGCUUUCCAAAAAACAAAGUGAAUUUGAUCCAAGGUACUCUGCUUUAGCAAGAGGUUUAGCUUUUCAGAGGCUAGUUGGGAAACUCUGGGAAAGGCAUCUCCGGUUAUUAGCUUGAACAGAUUUUUCAUUAAACAAGUUGAACCACAUGAAAGCUGGCUGACUUUUCUGUUUUAAGCUUUUCCUAUGACUAAGUACAGAAACGCACGUGCUUCUCUCCGGGUUUGGGAAUGUUAACCGACUUGUGCGUUUCACCUUUUCCAGAUGGAAAAGCUCCAGCAGCAACGAGAGCAACUCUUCCAAGAUGAACAAAUGGGAGACGAAGGUUUUCCUGCUGUGUGCGGCUGCCGUUGGGCUACUGCUAAAGUCACAUUUUAAUAACUGUCCCAGCUUAGAAGACAGAAACCUGUCCUUGCAUGAACUGGAGCCUGAGUUUUCUGAUGUUAAUGCAUUGCUUAGUCAUCACCUGAGGUAUUCUGUCAAACCGCUUCUCUCUGCAAACGUCAGUCUUUCUGAGGAAGCAUUUAGCUGGUGGAAGGUAAGUUGUCAUACCUUCAUAUAUGUCAGCAACUACAGCGUGAGAAACAUGACCUCAACUGCUAUAAAUAAACAGUGCAGAAGCUGUUUGAGAUAUUCCCACCCACUUCCAGAGCCAAACACAUAAGAUACAGGACUUGUGCAGUCGUGGGAAACUCCGUCAACCUGAGAGGAGUGGCUUAUGGACGCCUUGUAGAUUUCCAAGAGGUCAUUAUAAGAAUGAAUGGUGCACCAAUACAAGGCCACAAAGAAGAUGUCAGCGUCAAAACAACUCAUGAAGGGAGCCUGCUGAACUCCAGCUCCUGCCACGUUCUGGGGAUACUUUUAAAUCUGCAAGGAUUUUUAUUUGACUCGUCUCCUGCCUCCUCAUGUGAUACAUUGGGAGAAUCCAUCAACUUAACAACAACUAUAUUUUCCAAUCUCCUGCUGAACAAAAAUCGCACAUGCAGAAUGACUUUCAAAAUGAAACUGUUGGUUUUCCUGCUGAGCGUGGCUGUGGUUGGAAUCUUAAAGUUCUACUUCAGAAGUUCUCCAGCGACCCAAACCUCGGCGCCCUCUUUAAUCAAAGACAAUCUGCUGUUUAUGCGUCACAUCGAGCCAUUUUUGUCUGCAAAGACCAACCUGUCUGUGGAAACUUUCACCUGGUGGAGAGCCAUUCAGUUUGAGCUACGUGACCUCGGUUACUUUAACUUAACACAGAAGAGGCUUUUUGAAAUAUUCCCAUCUAUUCCCAUAUUUGGAAAACCCACGGCGGACAGAGUCAGAAGCUGUGCUGUGGUGGGAAAUUCUAUGAACUUAAAAGGUUCCGGCUAUGGGCGCCUAAUAGAUUCCCAUGAAGCCAUUAUAAGAAUGAACUUUGGUCCAGUCAAUGGCUACGAAGAAGACGUGGGGACCAAAACAACACAUCAUGCCAUGUACCCAGAGAGCGCCAUGGAUUUAGAUAACUCUACUCAUCUUGUACUGUUUCCAUUUAAGAUAAAUGACAUUGAGUGGAUCAUCAAGGCCUUCACAACAGGUUUCUAUGGAAGAUCUUACGCACCAAUAAAAUCCAAAAUAAAAGCCAACAAAGACUUGGUGCUGGUGGUCAAUCCAGCUUUUAUGAAGUAUACUCAUGAGGUCUGGCUGAAAAAGAUGGGGUUGUAUCCAUCCACUGGUUUUAUGACUUUUCUUCUUACACUUCACGUUUGUGAUGAGGUCCAUGUGUUUGGUUUUGGAGCAGACGAUAAGGGGAGCUGGGGGCAUUACUGGGAAACGCUUCAAGACAAAAACUUCAAAACCGGACCUCACGCUGGAACCCACGAGUAUAAAAUCAUUCAGGGGUUGGCUGAUGGGAAAACAAUCAAACUCUAUAAAGGCUCGUGAGCUUUUUGUCUUGGACUGUAGAGGUCAGGAUUAGUUCAGUGAUAGUGAGUUUUCAUUCUCUGAUUAUUAUAAUAAUACAGUAAUAUAUUUUGUCACCACAUGCAAACCUGAGGCCUGCUAGAUCACAUCUCACUUUAAACAAGCAAACUUUGAAGCUUUUUCAAACAUUUAGAUUAUUUUUGAUUGAAUAAUAUUGUAGACCAGUGUUUCCCAACCCUGGUCCU